UGAAAACAAGUGCCCGGCUUGUUUCUCUGACAGCAACCUGUCAACUUCAUCAGUUGUUUUAGCAUUUAUUUCGAAAUCAUGAGAUAACUAUUGAUUUAAACAAUCAUGGGAUUUUUCGAAGACACUUUUAUCAUUCUCGUGACACAGGUUCUAUUUUUUCUAGGGGCAUGGGUUUUUUUCGUGAAGAAAUUAUUUCGAGAUUACGAGGUGCAUCACAGACUAGUUCAGUUGAUAUUCUCGUCAACAUUUGCCUUGUCCUGCACAAUGUUCGAGUUAAUAAUCUUCGAAAUCGCAGGGAUUCUAGACUCUAGCUCCAGAUAUUUCCAUUGGAAUAUGGGACUCUACAUGCUGCUAUUUAUGGUUAUUGUACUGAUACCAUUUUACAUCGCAUAUUUUAUCAUAAGUAACAUUGGAUUUGUCCGAAAAAAUUUGGUUCGUCCUCUGACAAUUUUAAUUUAUCUCUUCUACCUGUAUUUAUUCUGGAAAGUCGGCGAUCCCUUUCCAAUAUUGAGCCCUAAAAAGGGUUUAUUAUCAAUUGAACAAGGAGUGAGUAGAAUCGGUGUAAUAGGAGUGACAGUGAUGGCUCUAUUAUCUGGAUUCGGUGCUGUCAAUUACCCUUACUCAUCGAUGGCAUAUUUUAUGAGGCCAGUGUCAUACGCAGAUCUUCAGGCAAUCGAGAGGAGACUUCUUCAAACUAUGGACAUGAUUGUUGCUAAGAAAAAGAGAAUAGCACUCGCUAAAAAAGGUGAUGCUGUUUCUCAUUCAGAUAAUCGUUCGAGACUCUGGGGAAUGCUGUCACCAUUAACGAGCUCCAAAGGGCAUCAAGAAAAUAUUAAACAACUGCAGUCUGAGGUCUCAGGCCUUGAGGAAUUAUCGCGCCAGCUGUUCCUGGAGACCCACGACAUUCAGAAUGCCAGAGAAAGAUUGGAGUGGGCAGCCACGUGGCAAGGGAAAUAUUUCAAUUUCCUGGGGUACUUUUUCUCCAUCUAUUGCACGUGGAAAAUCGUUAUUUCGACGAUAAAUAUAGUUUUUGAUCGAGUUGGAAAGAAAGAUCCUGUGACUCGGGGGAUAGAAAUAGCAGUUCACUGGAUUGGAUUCAACAUCGACGUGACCUUCUGGUCACAACAUAUUUCCUUUUUCCUCGUUGGAUGCAUUGUCGUUACGUCAAUUCGUGGUCUCCUCCUUACACUGACGAAGUUUUUUUACGCCAUAUCCAGCAGCAAGUCUUCCAACAUUAUAGUGAUGAUACUUGCCCAGAUUAUGGGAAUGUACUUUGUAUCUUCAGUUCUACUGAUGCGAAUGAACAUGCCAGCCGAGUACAGAAUAAUAAUAACUCAAGUACUCGGUGAUCUUCAGUUCAAUUUCUAUCAUCGAUGGUUCGACGUUAUAUUUUUAGUAUCAGCACUUUCAUCAAUUGUCUUUCUCUAUUUAGCACACAAACAAGCACCAACUGAGCGUUGAUGAAUAUUAAAAUUUCCAUUGUUUAUCUAUUUAUUGGUCUUUUAGUUUCAUUUCGUUGAUGAAAAAUCUUCUCACAACUGCCAUUCAAAAAUCCUUAGUAAGAUAAUCUACUUUUCGUAGAAAGUAAAAAUGAAAAAUUAUGGAAAAAAAA